UUGCCUGCAUGUGGGAGUGCCUUUGGUAGCAAGAGAAAACAGAAAAAGAAUUGCCUCUUUUUAUUGUGUUCUUGCUACUUUGCAAACUACUUUUUUGCAAUAAAUAUUUCUUUGUUUUCCUGUUGCAGAAAUGUUUUAUUGGCUGGUUGCAUAAUGCCGUAUGUGGCAGCAUGUAAAAUGAAACUAUUGGGUAUUGUUUGUACUGUGCUGACGAACUAAAUUUGGAUGUGGUUGAGUAACUGGUUAGACAGGUUAUGAGUACGUACUGUAUGUAGCAGUUACAGAAUUAAGUUGUCUUACUUAAAUAGUUUCAGUUUUUCUAUAUCUUUAAAGCUGAACAAUUAGUGCAUUGAAAUGAAUUAUUGUAUCAAAGUUGGUUCUUUAAUGAUUUUUGCUUUAUUUAGGAGUGUUUCCUUUAUUUUUGAAAAAUCAAAAAGUAUAUGAAGAUACUUUUCAUUAUUUCAAUCAGUAAUUUCAAGCUACGUGGUUUAAGUCAUUGCUGUUGUUUCAUGGUAUAUAUUGAGGAGAAUGAAUGAAUAAUAAGUGUCUUACAUUUCAUGUUACUGUGGAGCUGACAAGUCUGUGGACAUGAAAGAACUUUCCAUGUGCAGUCUUGGGUCUCUAUCAAGACAAGUUACUACAUAUGCAGAUAAUCUGCUGGUAAUACAGUACAUGGAUAUUGAAAAUAAAUUUAAAACUAUAAAAAGCCUUUAAAAUCUAGAGCAGGAAUGUGCAGGAUGUAGUGUUCCAUCUGGUAAAUGUGUAUCCUAAACCUCUUGCAGUUAAAGCUCUUCACCAAAAGAAAACAAAAUUGGUCUCACACAACUGUUGCACCCCAAAAUGCUUACAACUGAGAAAAGUUUUAUGCUUUACUUAAAGGAGGGAGGGGACAUUUUAGAAAAUAUAACCAGCAGAUAUGUUUAAUUUAGAUAUCUGAAGUGAAAUUCAAAGAACAGUAACUAUUUGAAUUACGGAAAUGUUUUCAAACUUCAGGAAGAUGGAGUAGAGUGUAGAAAGUUCCUAUUUUAAUCUAAACGAGAUCUUGUUAGCCAAAGGUUUCCAGUGUUCUGUACAAAAGCCCAUGGUAGUUAGCAAAUAAAUGAAAAAUAUUAAUGUUGAUGUUACGUUUUUCCAGUUAAAAAAAAAAAAAAAAAAAAAGAAAAAGAAAAAAAAAGCUUCUUUCUGGUCUUUCAAGGGCAAUCAAACAGUAUUUAUUUUUACAGUAAACUAACUUGUUUGUAAUAAGAAAUAAUCAUCCAGUCUUAACUAUGGGUAUAGGUAGUCCUGCUUUCCAGGAAGACUUCUGUUAUUCUCUUGAGGUGCAUUGUAAAUCCAAUCUUACUAGGAUCUGCUUGUUUUUUUAGAAUCUAUUGAACUACAUUGAUUCUUACCUUUGUGAACUUAAGUCAACUGCUGCUUCUAAAUGGGAAAAUGAAUGAAAAUAAUUGCCUUUCAUUGCCAUGUGUUUAAUGUGUGUUUGGUUUUUUUUUUAUAUAUAACUAGGCUAACUGCUAUAUGUAGUAUAAGUAGGCACAGCAUAUUUACUUAUUUGGGAAGCAGUAUACAUGAGUCCAGGAUAGCCAUAUCUUUUGAAUUUGGGAACUAUAAGAAAUGUUACAAAAUUCUGCCCCCAAAAUGCUGCACUAAAGACUAAUGCACUUUAUUCAGAUAAUUUAGUGAAGUUACAUAACAAGAUAUUUGGUGGUACCAGAACAGAAGGGUAUGCAACGCUCCCCUGCAAAAUAGUUUUUGCUAAAUCUAUGCUAGCAGAGACUUGCCCACUUUGUACGGGUGGGGUUACUGGCUAAAAUCCUUCUGGCUUAUGAUUUAUGCAGUUGUUUUGAACUCAGCUACAAAGCUAUCAUGGCGACUUUUCAAAUGCAGCUAGAACAAACUUUAUCUGAAUUACAUAAAACGGUUGUUCAGCAUUUAGAGUGGGCAUCUUAAAUGCUGAAUAGCAGCAACAGAGAUUGCAGGUUCUUUGGGAGAAAUUGUGAUUCUUCAUCUCUCUAAGAGGAAGGAGCAAUAGUUCUUACUGAAAGCACAGAGGAAAUUAGUUGAUAUCAUCUAGCAGUUUCCUACUAAAAAAAAAAAAAGCUUCAUUGUUCUGUUCUUUUUCUUGUCCUUGUCCAUGUGCUUCUACAACUUUUUUUGUAUUCACUUUCAUUAUUUUUCAUAAUUUUGACCCAGUGACUGGAUAGAAAGCAGGGAGGGUUAUAAAAAGAAGAGGAUGUUCGGCUUUUUUUUGUUGUGUUUUUUUCUUCUGUGUUACUGAAUUGAACCAGCUCACAGAAGAAGUCAAGGUAGGUGUGGAUGCUCAUUUGACCUAGCUGUUUAUAGAGCUGCAGCUGAAGAAAAUAUCACCUGUAUGUUUCCCUGACUUGUAAUACUACAGUAUCAAACUCAACAUUUUGCUUACAUAAGAAUACUUGCACUACUACAGACUCUAAGAAACAACGUUUUCUGUCUUGAAGACAUUUGCAAUUUCUUUAAAACAAUGUAGGACUGUCUUGUGAAAGUUAAUGGCAAAACUUGAUACAUUCUUAGGUAUCCUUGUAUUAUGCUGUAAGAAAAAUGUUUCCUUGUCCUUCAGUCAUACUCAAAGAUAAGAGACAACUUUCUGGAGGCUGUCUGGGAACAAGACCCCAGUUUGAUCUCUGUGAGUUACCUUCCAAUUUUGCCAUCAAGUCUUACCAUCAGGCUUGUAAAAGAUAUGGAACUGCUGUGUGAAUUGUUAGCUCCCUUGCACCUUAGAUAGAGAAGAAUUUGUCUCUAAUAAUAAAACACAAUCCUAUUUCUAGAAUUAUCUUAAAAAAAAAUACUUAUACUAUGACAAUCCAUUUCUAAUAUAUUUGUACUGUAUACAAAUUGUUGAACGUGAUUGGAAAGCAAAAGUAAAUUUUGCUCUAUAAAGUAGCUUAUAUUGGCCCAUAUCCGAAAGAACCAGCCAUGCAUGAUGUAAAUGCACCGGUGCUUUGAAAUUAGUGUUGUUGCUCUUGUCAGUUGUGCUAGUUCAUUUUGAAAAGUCUGCACUUACAGAUUUCACUUCCACAGUUUAUGUGCAUUUGGUAUAGUAAUUACCACAAGUAAAAACACUCUUUGCUAUUUCUGUUCUGCACUUGAUUGGUUUAACAGAUACUUGUUGCCAUUGAAGUUCUAUGUUUAUUUUGCCAAAAUACUGAUCUGUGUGGCAGUGUCUGUCUUAUAUCAGACCUGCACCAAAUCCUGAAGGACCGGUCAGAUGGCUGCAUUGCAUAAACCUAAUUGUCUUCCAUGAAGUAAAUUCUGUUGCAGAGUACAAAGGACUUGGCCUUAGGGUUCUUUCUGUCUUAAACACAUGGAAACUGAAAUUAUUAAAUGCAAACAGGAGUUAAUUUCAGUGCUUUCCUUCUCUCUGAUGUAAUUUUAUGGCCAGCUUCUACCUGGGUGUACAUAGCAGGUGAAUGUGUGCUAGACAAAGACUUGGUGAGGCACAGUGGAGACUCUUUUUAAAAAACACUGGAUUAAAGGAAUGCGAGGAGGAGUUAUAAAAGAGUAAAAACUUGAAUUCAGUGUGUUUUAACAUGAACCUAUUCUGGUUUUCUGUUGUCUUGUACUCGAAGAAGCAAGAAUCCUAUCUUUUUUGCCCAGUUUAAAUCUGGUAUAUAUCUGUUUGCUUCUCAGGAACUUUGCUGGCUGGCAAGGUUCAUUCCUUCAGCUUUCAAUUGCCUGAGUUAUCUGAUCUUAAAUGAAUUUCAGCACUUGUUUAUAACAUGCAGUAACUUCUUGCCAGCUGCUGGCUUAGUGUUUCAGAGUUUGAAAUGUGUUCUGUGCUGCUCUAGUUAGAAGGCUUGAGAUUUUUAGAGCGUGCUCUCAACUGCAGCUUAUCUAUACAGGAGCUGCUAAGUCGAACAUCACUAGAGACUCAGAAAUUAGAUUUAAUGGCUGAAGUUUCCGACUUGAAGAUUAAGCUUGUUGGCAUGGAAAAGGAACAGAGUGAAUACGAAGAGAAACAGAACAAAGCUGAGUCGGUAGUGAACCUGAUAAGUGAGCUACAGGAGCAGAUGUGUAGACUGCAGCUGGAAAUUAAUAGUAGAAUCCAAGAAAGAAAAUCCCAAGAUAGGAAAUCCAGUGUGACACCUAAUGGUCCUCAGUCUAGCCCAACAUCAGUGGUAGAGACUGUCAGCCAGAAGAAUUGCUCUCAGUGUGAUGUACAAGAGGGUUUGCUACAGGAACUCAGACACCUCAAAAUUAAAGUGGAAGAACUGGAAAAUGAAAGAAAUCAAUAUGAGUGGAAAUUAAAGGCAACUAAAGCUGAGAUAGCCCAGCUUCAGGAGCAAUUAGCUCUCAAAGAUGCAGAAAUUGAACGCUUACAAUGUCAGCUAUCUAGGACCUCAUCACAUAGCGAAGUUGCAGAAAGAGAGGAAGUUUAUAAGAGAAGGCUAAAAAAAAACCAUCAAGAAGUACAACGGUUGAAGAUAGGAAUGGAAUCAUUACUGGCUGCAAAUGAAGAAAAGGACCGGCGAAUAGAGGAGUUAACGCUACUGCUAAGCCAGUACAGGAGGGUCAAGGAGAUAAUGAUUGCAGCUCAAGGCUCUUCGGACAGAAUUGUCUCUGGUGGCAGUGAAGAAGAACUUGAGGCAACUUUAAGGAAGUUGAAUGUUUUGAAUAAUCCUCAAGGAGAAGUAUUUAAAGCAGAGGCCUCUGCAGGAGAAUUGUCACCAGCUUUGCUAUCUCCAGUGACGCACAAAACUACGGAAAUCAGGGUUCCACAGAAAAAAAAGUCAAGUAGCUUAGAAGACUUGCAGAGUGAAUCCCUGGAAAAGUAUGUAGAUGGAAAACCAGUACAGCCUGUUGUAGAACAAGAGAGUAAGCCACUUGUGAAAGGCAGCAAAUAUCAAACUUUGCCAGGAAAACUUCCUCGACCCACGCAGAAUGGAGACCAGGGGACAUAUAAUGAGUCAAAUGCACCUGACACGAAUGACACUGAGUACAAUAGCAUCCAGGGCCUGAGAGAAACAGAGAAUAUGGACGGUACAGUAGUUUCAGAUGAUCUUUCACCUCUUUCUUUGGGAAUGGAUUCAGGUCCACAGUCUCCACUGUCUCCAGAAAACAGAAAGAGUCCAAAAGGAAUCAAGAAAAUCUGGGGAAAAAUAAGAAGAACUCAGUCUGGCAACUUCCCUGCAGACGAUCUGGGUUUGGCAGAGUUUCGAAGGGGUGGUCUCCGUGCAACAGCUGGACCUCGGUUAUCCAGAUCAAAGGAAACCAAAGGCCAAAAAAAUGACUACAAUGCUCCAUUUGCUCAGUGGAGUACUGAAAGAGUUUGUAAUUGGCUUGAGGACUUUGGUCUUGGGCAGUACGUCAUUUUUGCCCGGCAGUGGGUGACUUCAGGCCAUACACUGUUAACUGCAACACCUCAGGACAUGGAAAAGGAAAUGGGAAUAAAGCAUCCACUGCACAGGAAGAAAUUAGUUUUGGCCAUUAAAUCAAUAAACACAAAACAAGAUGAGAAGUCUGCACAACUCGAUCAUAUCUGGGUAACGCGCUGGCUUGAUGAUAUUGGUUUACCUCAGUACAAAGACCAGUUUCACGAAUCCAGAGUUGAUGGGAGAAUGUUGCAGUACUUAACUGUGAACGACCUUCUCUUUCUAAAAGUCACCAGUCAGCUGCAUCAUCUGAGUAUUAAGUGUGCCAUUCAUGUGCUGCACAUCAACAGUUUUAACCCCCACUGUCUACGCAGACGACCAGUUGAGGAGGUAAAAAGCAAUGUUUCACCUUCUGAAGUGGUGCAGUGGUCCAAUCACAGAGUGAUGGAAUGGCUCAGAUCAGUUGAUUUGGCAGAAUAUGCACCAAACCUCCGAGGAAGUGGAGUGCACGGUGGCCUCAUUAUUCUUGAACCUCGCUUCAACGGUGACACACUGGCAAUGCUGCUGAAUAUUCCACCUCAGAAGACCCUACUGCGACGCCACCUAACAACCAAUUUUAAUGUAUUAAUUGGGCCAGAGACACAGCAAGAAAAAAGGGACAUAACGGAGUCAACAGCAUACACACCUCUGACCACCACUGCCAAAGUUCGGCCAAAGAAACUUGGAUUUUCACAUUUUGGAAAUUUAAGAAAAAAGAAAUUUGAUGAAUCAACGGACUAUGUUUGUCCUAUGGAUACAAACCCAGGUGCUACAAAUGGUACUCAGAAGAACUACACUGGAUACAAAGGCCUUAGUCCACUCACUGAUAGGGAACUGGAUCAGAUGGAACACUCAGAAGGAACAGUAAAGCAAAUAGGGGCUUUUUCUCAAGGCAUAAGCAAUCUUACGGUAUGUACCAAUUUUAUUCCUUUUGAAGUCACAAAUGUAAUCUGCUACAACUCAGUGAAAUUUGUGUAUUGCUAGUGGUGGUUAAGAGUAAGUGGGUCACUACUCUUGUUAUGCACCUCCUUUAUAGCUUGGCUGCAUGCUAUAUGCAUGCAUGGACACUCAAAAAAAGAAUCACUUUUACUAGAAAUUAAGUUUCACUUCAGCAUCUUGUAAGUUUUCACCAAUUUUAUCUCUGUGACACAGUAAGAGGCAUCCCUCCCAAGGACUGGCAAAGAGGUAAGACUUGAAGAUGUACAAGAGAGAAAAUAUCACAGGGAAAUAAAUAACUAUGUACUCCUGACUCCAUGUUGGUCCAUUUUUGUUAAAUUAGUUAAUUGACUGAAGGUGUAUGAACAAUGCCACACAUCUGUGUGAAAAUUUCUACUUUUGCUAUUUAAAGCAGCCAUUUGGGAGAUUCCAAUUUAAUUUUGCGUGGCUCUAACCCCCUCUGUUGUGAAUCUGAUCUCAUUACAGUUGGAUUUCUCUAAACUAUAGUUAUUUGUCUAAACUAUGGACAUAGAGUAGACUAUGUCUACUUGUUUUAAUACUGCUGUGAUUUUUUUCAGACAAUGUUAAGCCAAGAUGAAAUGCUAAACGACAGCAGAUUUUUAACACCGACAUUAGAAGACUGGAGAUGAUAUUUCAGCGUGACCAAGACCACUAAUACCUCAUGCCUGCCUGGGGCAGGCCAGGAGAAGCCUGAUGCUGUGGUACAGAAAAGCUUUACCUCUUUUCCUCUAGUGACACACACCACAUAGUAUUUAGUAUUGCUAGCAGGGCAACACUUCACAGGUAACUCCUCUGCACUCUUUCCACAUAAUAUUAUGUAAAAGAGGUGCUGAAAGAAGUGCUACACAGUUGUUUUUUAUGCAGAGUCUGGAAAGCCAGUAUGUUUUACCCUUAUAUUUUAUCAUCUUUUACAUGGUAUGUUUAUGUACUGCUAUAGAAAAAGUGUUUUAUAUAUAUUUUUUUAAUUUUUAUAAUUAAGUUGUAAUGCAGGAAUCAUUAAUAUUCUAUUAUACCACAUGGACUAAUCAGAGCCACCUAGCAAUUCAGAUGUGCUGGCAAGCACACCUGUCAUGGUUCACUAUUACUGCAGUCAUGCCAGAGAUACUUUGCCAUAGAAGGACCCUCCCCCCUUUCACUAGAAUAUACCCUGCCCUUUUUUGUUGUUCAAUAAGCAUGGUUUAGAAUAGGAAAAAUAAAAUGUAAUUGUAUCCAACCAAGCCCUUGCAGGAGAGUGACAAUCAAGAUGGCUUGUUCACAAAUCUUUAGCUAACUCAAAGCACAAUCAAAAUAACUAAUGCAAAAUAAUUCAUGCAAAAUAUAACUAGAAUACUAGGAUGAUGCUUGCUGUACUCUGCAACAAAAUUUUCUGUGUGAUUGCUUUAAAUUGUAGGCCUUGAAGUGUUGAUAGGGCUUUUCCUGUAAUUUCCUGUUUUGUCUAAAAUGGUUAGUACUGAGGCACAUGUGGAAGCAUCAGGGUGCUCAUAAGCCUUCUGAACAAUCCACACAAUUCAGAGAGAACACUCAGCAUAAUACCUGGUUGAUAUAAGAUGCAGCACAGUUUUCAGGAAGACAAGGAAUAAGUUAUAAGAGCUAUAAGAAGUUAAAGCUAAUUAAACAUAUGCCUGUAAACAGCCUUUAGGAUUGGAGCUGGUAGUAGAAACUGUGAUAUUUGCAUAAGAACUGGUCAUAUUAUUUUAGACUUUCAGUUCUCCUUUCAUUCCAGCUACAGGCAGAUUUUCACAUAGUGUUUUAUUUAGCAGUGGGAAAUCAACACUAUUGCUCUGUCACAUGUAAAACAUGACCAGGGCACAUCAAGGACUAUAGUAAAGCAAACUUGUUUCUUUUGACAAAAUAAAUCUGUAGCAAUCUCAUGGAGGUAGGUAAGACAGCAGUACUGUGACAGGGAAAUGCAGCUUCUGCCUACUUACGCAAGGGGCAGUUCAGGGGUGAAAGUGUUGUGUUCACAGCUGCAACUGCUUGUGCAAUCUGAUAGCACAUGCCUUUUAUGUAUUAAUAAGGUAAUUAAUAACUAACACUGUAUCUUAUACAGAGAAAUGCCAAAAAAGAAAUCCAUCCAACUGGAAAGAAAAGGCUUUUUAUGAAUAUGCAUGGUUUGCAUUACUUCCUCCUUUCUUGCUGUGAGAUGUUGGUUUAUCUACUAACAUAAGCCCAAGGGUGGGCUACUCCUAGCCACAAACCUUCCAAAAUAAAUAGGAAAUCUCAGGUGCUGUCCAGAGCAUGCCCAAAAUGUUAAAAUUAAGGCUGAUUUUUUUUUCAGUCACUGAAGAAUUAAGUAAAUAAAAAUCCAAAGGAACGAUACAUGAAUCUGCACGUGAACAAACUAAACAUGCCCCCUCUGCUCUGGCAAUGUAGUGCAGUCAGCACUAGUAUGGGCAUAUACUAACAGACACACGAAAUACCCUGUCAGAUUAACUGAUCAGAUUCAUCCUAGUCAUAAUACUAUAACAACUGCUCUGGCAGGGGCAGCCUUAGUCUCACUGAGCUAUUCCAAGCAGCUUUCCCUUCUUUUUUUGAGGGAGUAUUUAUAACUCACUGUAGUGUUGUGCUAAGCUUGAUGUGAAUAUCUCCUUUUUUAAUAUAGUAAGAAAUCCUAGUUAUAACACAGGCAUACAUGCUUAAACCUUUGACUGUUAUGAAUAAAUUCUGAAUAUUCUUCUAUUA